UCUGAUAACAGCAACAGUAGGCGGAGGAUGAGCCCUGGCCCCGCCCCUUUCUCUCCGGCGGAUAUAAAUAGGAGCCGGGUUUUUUUGCUCCGCUCAUUUCACUUGAAGGAUGAGAUCCCUGAAACACCUCAAACAUCACACCAGGACCAAUGUGCAGCAGCCGCAGCCGCAGCCGCAGCAGCAGCAGGAGGAAGAAGAGGAGCAGGAGAGAGAGCGGCCCUCCGAGGAGCCCGAGCAGCAACAGGAACCCCACAGCAGCAGCAGCAGCCCAGCUGAAGUAAUGGACCCAGAACCAGAAGCAGAAGCAGAGACCGAGCCCAUGCCGGGCCAGAAGUCCCCUAUGGCGGCCCCGUCCCCCCCGCCCAGGACCCACUCCCAGCCCUCCUCAGAGCCGGUGGACGUGGGCACCCAGACGGACCCGGUGGUGGUCCUGUCUCUGGCCCAGGCAGCCGUGCUGGGCCUCAUCUCCCAGAACGAGAUCUUUGGAGCCACCAUCGCGCCAAACGGCUUCUACACGGGAGACCCCCGCGAACACAUGAUGCUCUCCUCCCCUCCUCCGCACUCCCACCACCCGCACCAGCACCGCUACCACCACCAGCACCCCCACCCGCACCACCACUCCCACCCCCACCCCCACCCCCACCACAUGUCUCUGCCCCCACCCCCGCCAGAGGCCAUGGAGUACGACUAUCCGGCCGAGGGCACUCUGAUCGGGGCCAACGGGGACUACCUGGCCCUGCCUGGGGCCGGAGGGUCCGAGGAGAGGGCCCCCCCGCCGGCGCCACGCAGACGCCCAGGCCCCGCUUCCAGGGGCCGCCUGCGCCGUCCCCGCAGCCUAGGAGAGGCGGACGGGACGGGAAUGGGCCCCGUGUUCGGACCCGGAGGAGACCCGGAAGACCAAGAGCCGGCCAGCAAGAUCCAGAUCCGGCACGCCCACACCCCCAUCAGCGUGAAGGGAGAAGGGCCCGAGCACAUGGCACUGCCCGCCUGCGCCGGUGGGGGCAGCAGCAGCCCCGACCGCGGGGACCAGCCCAUGGACUUGGCGCCCCAGAGGGGCCCACUCAAGGAGGAGUCCUGCCCCAGGGACUGCAGCGACUGCGUGGUCCGCGGCAGUGGCAGCAGCACCAGCAGCAUGAUGGGAGGAGCAGGGCGGAUGAUGGAGAUGGGCAUGAUGGGAAUGAUGAUGGGGGGCCGCGGGCCGGAGGAGGUGGAGAUGAGGGCACUGAGGCGCCCAGCGGAGCCCGGCAGAGGGGCGCGGGAGAGGCUGGAGCAGCGGGCGUCGCACCACCACCGCACCGUGGGCAAGAUGGAGCACGUGGAGAUGGAGGGAGGAGAGGAAGAGAGGCAGGAGAUGGAGGUCGGCCGUGUCGUCGGCGGCGUCAGGGGACGCGGCGUAGCCUCGCGCUCGCUCCUCAAGAGCCCCGGCCAGGCCAGCAGCGGCGACGAAGAGGCAGCGGCGGCCGCAGCAGCAAUGGCCGCCGCCAGAGCCUCGCACGAAGACGACGAUGAGGAAGAGGAAGAGGAGGAACAGAGCCGAGCGCUCCGCCGCUACUACGAGUCCAGCGUGGUGGGCUACGAGGCCUCCGAGAUGGGGCUGCCCGGCGACUACGAGGACGGCGUGGGAGGAGCGGGCGGCCCCGCUGGCGCGUCCGCCUCGGCAGCGGCGGCGGCAGCAGCAGCAGCGGCAGCCGCGGCCAUGAUGUGGGCCUCGGAACAGUCCGACGACAACUCGAUCGGCCGACGCAUGCAGAUCGACCGGCUGGACAUCAACGUGCAGAUCGACGAGUCGUACUGCGUGGACGUCGGCGAGGGCCUGAAGCGCUGGAAGUGCCGCCUGUGCGAGAAGUCCUACACCUCCAAGUACAACCUGGUGACGCACAUCCUGGGCCACAACGGCAUCAAGCCGCACGAGUGCCUGCACUGCGGCAAGCUCUUCAAGCAGCCCAGCCACCUGCAGACGCACCUGCUCACGCACCAGGGCACGCGGCCGCACAAGUGCACCGUCUGCAAGAAGGCCUUCACGCAGACCAGCCACCUGAAGCGCCACAUGCUGCAGCACAGCGACGUCAAGCCCUACAGCUGCCGCUUCUGCGCCCGCGGCUUCGCCUACCCCAGCGAGCUGCGCACGCACGAGGCCAAGCACGAGAACGGCCACUGCCACGUCUGCACGCAGUGCGGCCUGGAGUUCCCCACGCACGCCCACCUCAAGCGCCACCAGACCAGCCACCAGGGGCCCACCACCUUCCAGUGCCCCGAGUGCCACAAGAGCUUCGCCUACCGCAGCCAGCUGCAGAACCACAUGAUGAAGCACCAGAACGUGCGGCCGUACGUCUGCUCCGAGUGCGGCAUGGAGUUUGUGCAGAUCCACCACCUGCGGCAGCACGCGCUGACGCACAAGGUACUCGCUCAGCAGCAGCAUCCGCACCCGCACCAGCAGCAGGCGGCCAUGGCAGCCGCCGUCAUAGCGAGCGCCUCCGCACCCGCUUCAGCCGCCGACGCCGCCGCUAUCGCCAUCUCACCCGAGCACAAGGGCAUGAAGGAGUUCAAGUGCGAGGUGUGUUCGCGGGAGUUCACGCUGUCGGCCAACCUGAAGCGCCACAUGUUGAUCCACACGAGCGUGCGGCCCUUCCAGUGCCACAUCUGCUUCAAGACCUUCGUCCAGAAGCAGACGCUCAAGACCCACAUGAUCGUACACCUGCCCGUCAAGCCCUUCAAGUGCAAGGUGUGCAGCAAGUCUUUCAACCGAAUGUACAACCUCCUGGGACACAUGCACCUGCACGCAGGCAGCAAGCCCUUCAAGUGUCCUUACUGCUCCAGCAAAUUCAACCUGAAGGGCAACCUGAGCCGACACAUGAAGGUCAAGCACGGCAUCCUCGACGGCUCGCCUGACGGACAAGACGCUCUUCCGGAGCUGGAGGGGCAGGAGGAGUAUGAGGAGGAGAGCUUUGAGUUCAGCGAGCGCGAGAACAUGGCGGCCAACAACGGGCAGGACCUCAACAAGCUGGCCGAGAUGGCCUAUUACGGCUACGGCAAGCAGGCGGCACGCUACUCCAUGCCCUAAGAAGAACGCACCCGACCUGACCUGAUCCAACACACCUGACACACCUGACACACCUGACCAGAGUCCUAGCUAUUCACCAGCCCUGAGUGACAUAGUACACACACCUGUCACAAAGGCCUGGGCUUAGCCAAGGGCGAUUUGUGUUUUGGUUUUCUUUGUUUUUGGUGGUUUGUUUGUUUGUUUGUUUAUGGGGCCAGAUUGGUCUCUUGCACUGGAGGACAAAAACCUGUGAUUUAUUUUAUGUGUUGAUUUUUUUUUUUGUCGUUCCUGGAUUGCCAACCAACAGUUUUGAAAUAUUUUUUUUUCAUCCCUCGUGAGUUUCACCCCUGAAGGAUUUUUCUGUAAAAAUGUUCAAAGUGCUUUUUUUAAAAUAUUAUUAUUAUAAUUAUUUUUAUUUUUAUUUCUCCCCAUCCCUUUUCGUCAUUUUUCAGUUGUUGGUAUGAGCAGUCUAACUCCAGAGUACUCCUGUGGCUAACGCAUCCUGUGUGUAGUGAACUACGUAUGUACAGCCAUCUUGAAUCCCGAGGCACUUAACAGACGAACUAUCCAUGGCUCCGACUGAGAUGGGAGCACCACUGGGAAGUCGGUCAAGUCCUCCCAUCCAUGGGCAUUUAGUUUUGUUGUUCCAUUUUCUUUUUUUUUUAAUAUACAGUAUAUAUGAAUAUAUACAUUUCUUUGGUUUCUUUAUCCUUUCUUUUGGGUUUCCUUCAUUAAAGCACACCAUUUAAAUGA